ACAAGUGUGCCAUGACGUAACGGUACCCAGCGCCGGCAGUGCUUGUAGCAAUUAGUGUUAUAUAUGCAGGAAUGAGAAAACCCAGCAAAUGUGGUCAUUUGAAGAUUUGAGAGCAAGUGCAGCACAAGUCUAUGCGUAAAAUUUACGCAUUGUUGGUAAAAAGCGAAAAAAUCGAAUACGUAAAAUUUACGCAUUGUUGGCUUGUUUUCACUGACGAAAUGGCAGCUGGAAAACCGUGUUUUUCAAAACAAAGAUUUGAUGAUGACGAUAUAGAGGUUAUUCUGCAUGAUGAAGAUUUUAGUGAUAUCAGUGGAGAUGGAGAAGAGGAAAAUGAAGAUUUCGAUAGCGAUGAUAGUUUGGCCGAUAUGAGCUAUUUUCCUGAUCCAAUUGAUGAAGCAGAGGUAGAAAAAGAACUAGAAGUUGUCUGGUCUGAAAAAAGAAAAACAGCAACAGCAUUGGAGGGGAAUAAGCAGACAAAAAUAAAACGUAAAACUUUAACAUUGCCAAAUUUGGAACAAGAGUUGGAUAACCAACUUGCGGAAAUUGGGGAAAAUAGUCAAAUUUUGGGCAAAAACGGUCACAUUUGGAAUAAUUUUCCAAUAAAACGUGAAUAAACUGUGUUAAUGAAAUUUAAUAUAUUCCUUCUCUUUUCUUUAAUAAAAUGAACUGAAUUUUCUUUUAAAAUCUUAUACUUUAUUUUAAAAAUAAAUUGUUUGAUAAGAAUUAUCAAUUUAGACUGCAAAAUGGCUCAAAAUCGGGUUAUAUUAGGCGGAUUCUCAUUUCUGCGUAAAAUUUACGCAUAGUUGGUCUUAACGUAGUAUAGAAUGACGUUAUGGUUCUAGGGUUAAG